GCACAAUCCAGAAAACGAAAGGGAAUGUGCAGGGCACAGGCGGACGUGGCUGGAGCAGAGGGAGCUGUGGAUGGCAGGGCAAUGGGGCUAGGGGCUCUCCUCCUCCUCCCCCUCCUCUUCCCUGCAGCUGGUGGCUUCCAACUGCAGGUGCGCACGGCACCCUCUUACCAGGCUGUGCUGGGCGCUGGGGCCCGACUGCAAUGCUUCUUCGAUGUCGGGGAGCCGGUGGCCCUGAGCGCCCUGCGGGUGACCUGGUACCUCUGGGAUGAGAGGAUUGCACGCUAUGCAGAAGGCAAGGGCCAUGCUUAUCCUGGAGCCAGCCUGGAGGAGACAGCGCUGGAGAGUGGAAAUGCCACCCUGGUGCUGGCCAGGGUGACACUGGCUGACGAGGGGCUGUACAAGUGUGUCGUGGGCUAUGGGGUGCAGCAGCAGGAAGCCCAGACUACCCUCCAUGUGCUCGCUGCUCCCAGCAUCUCUGUCCCCCAGCGCGUUGCUGUGGCUGGUGCCAAUGUCUCCCUCCCAUGUCACGUGGAGGGUUUCUACCCCAAGGAUGUGGAUGUCGCAUGGCUGCGAGAUGGGCGGGUCCUGAACAACACCACCCCUUCUGUCCCGCAAAGAAACCCCGAUGGGACUUUCAGCUUCACCCUGACCUACGCUUUCACUUCUGCCAGGAGCGACGCUGGCAGCAUCUUCUCCUGCCGCGUCCAGCACCUGGCUCUGGAGCAGCCCCUGCGAGAGGAGUUCCCCUUGGAAGUUGCAGUGCAAGAGGCAGGCACAGAUCGCACUGGCACCAUCAUCGGAGUCUCCCUGGGGAUCGCGGUGGCAGUGGCAGCUGCUGCAAUGGCCAUUUACUGCUGGAGCAGGAAAGCCCCCUACUCGGUCUCCGAGGUGCAGGAGCCAGCGCAGUACGUGCUGGGGCAGGAGGUGACGCUGUGCUGCUGCAUGGAGGGGACAUUUCCUGAGGACGUGGCUGUGACAUGGGAACUGGUGCACGGGGAGGUUGGGAUGGGGAUUGGGGAGGAUGGAGCUGGGGCCGGCCCAGAGCACCAGCUGCUGUUGCACCCUCUCCCUGAGCACUGGAGAACAACACGGGAGAGAUCCGGGACCUGCCUCGUGGCCUUGCUGAUCUUCACCCCCACAAAGCAGGACGAUGGGGUGCGCGUCAGGUGUGUCUUCCAGCACGAGGCCAGACAGAUCCGGGAGCAGCGCGAGUCCCAGGAGAUACGGGUGUGUGCCCGGCCAAGGCUGUCCAAGAUCCAGGUGCUGCCGGACUGGGACCCCCCAGAGGAGGUGCCAUUCAGCGUCCAGAUCCAGAACUUCUACCCCCGUGACAUCCACCGCGUGGAGUGGAGCUGCGACGGGAAAGUCUGGGAGAGGUCUGCACCGAUCGAGGUCGAGGACAACGUGGACAGCACCUUCACAGCGACGAGCCUCUGGAGAGUGCCCAGCCGGUGCCUGACGCAGCCGGAGCCCCGAGUUCGAGUGUCUGUGCAGCACAGUCCCGGGGACGCCCCUGUUGAGGAAGAGCUGAGCCUGAGGGAUGCCGGUCUCCUGUGGCCCCCAGAGCUGUCACAAAUCUCCGUCCACAGUUCACGGUGGACCUUUGGUGGGAGUGAAAUCACCAUGAGCUGCCUCAUCACGGGGUAUUUCCCGGGGGAGCUGAGCUUGACCUGGCUCAGGAGGGGUGUUAGAGGUGCUGGCGCCGUGGCCCUGCAGGACUCAUCUGAGUACAGCAUCGACCCUGGUGUAGCCGUUCUAGCACGGGGCGGGAAGAGGUUCCAGUGGGAGACGAGACUCCGCUUCAAGUCCUCCCUACUCGGUGACAUGGGUGCAGAGUACAUCUGCCGGGUGGGACAUGUCGCCCUGGAGACCCCCAUCGAGAGUCGUUGCACGUGCAGUCUGGCAGGCGGCUACCAAGCACAGAAACCAGCCCAGAGCUCCUCGCAGCUCCCCACAGAAGAUGAGACUCCUCUUCUGCAUCACGGGGCAAAUGACAUCCAUGUGGAGGGUACACCUCUCCCUAAAGACCCUCCUAGCAGCACAGAACCAGGAUCUGCAGUGACAGCCCAGCCUUCAUGAUGUCACAUGCAGCGGACCAGCGAAAGCCUGGGAUAUGACAGCAUGGGUCAGGCUUCCCAUCGGGGCUGAGGAAGAAGAGGAAGAAGAUAUGGUUCACAAGAUGACGGCAAGCAACCUAUGACCAUUUUUCCCCUUGAUAAAGGCUUUUGUCCCAAGGCAGCUAUGAAAUACAUCCCCCCCACGCCCCCGCCACACACACACUCUGAUCACUUCGCUAAGGACAGAGCCACGGCUCUAAGUAUGGGGGAGACCAAAUUUAUUCUUUGCUCUUUCUGUGUACUUUAUCUGGCUUCUGUACCAGGCAGCUGCAGUGUAUAUCUCGUCCUGUACAUAAGUGGAAUAAAACCCAUCUUACUGA